AUGACUGAAGAUUGGGGGGACAGAUCCACGGCGGAGCUCAUGAGCAGGUACCUGCCCAAGGAGAUGGGGCACGGCGUUCCCACGGCCGGGUGGCGUAUCUGUUUGGCCCACGAGUUCAAGGAGAAGAGGAAGCCUUUCCAAGCAAAGGACGUGUCCCUGGAGAAUAUUGUGGAGCACAUUGGGCUUGGGAUCAGGUAUCUAAAAUGGUGGUACAAAAAGACACAGGUGGAAAAGAAGGCGCCUUUCAUCGACAUGUUUCGCGCGCUGCCUUUACGGCAGAUUUAUGGUGCGCCGCUGGGAGGUAUCGGGGGAGGUACCAUCACCAGAGGUUGGAGGGGGGAGUUCUGUCGGUGGCAGCUGACGCCCGGGAUGUACCAGUACAAGACCGUCACGGCCAAUCAGUUCACCGUGUGCUUGCGCCGCGACGGGCAGACGCUUUACCAACAGGUGCUCUGCGUCGAGCGGCCUCCCCGGCUGCAGGGCUGGAACUGGGGCUACUGCGGCGAGUACGCUUACUACCAUGCCCUGUACCCCCGGGCCUGGACCGUCUACCACCUCCCGGGGCAAAAUGUCACGCUCACCUGCAGGCAGGUCUCGCCCGUCAUUCCUCACGACUACCAGGACUCCUGCCUGCCGGUGGUCGUGUUCAUCUGGGACGUGGAGAACAAGAAUGACUACGCUCUGGAUGUCACCAUCAUGUUCACGAUGCUCAACGGCUCCGGGCACAAGGACGACAAAGGCGGGGGCCACUGGAAUGAACCUUUUCAUCUCCCAAAACAGGGCGAGGCCGUGUCGGGAGUCUUGCUACAUCACUGCACAUCAGUGAACCCUUACACCUUAUGCAUCGCUGCUCCGGAGCAGCCCAACGGGGAAGUCAGCCAUCAGACCGCGUUCAGUCCAAAGGGAACCUGCAGCGACCUGUGGAGCGAUCUGAUGGCCGACGGACGGCUGGAAUCUCCCACGGGCUCCAGCCCGCCGACGGCCCAAGGAGAGAAGGUGGCGGCGGCGUUGGCGGCGAGCUGCUCCGUGUCGCCGCGGGGCCGCAACACGCUGGAGUUCUGCCUGGCGUGGGACAUGCCUGUCAUCACCUUUGGCGCUCGCGAGCGGCAACACCACAGGCGAUACACCCGUUAUUUCGGGAGCAAAGGGGACGCGGCGCCCUCACUCAGUCAUUACGCCCUGACACACUACAAAGCGUGGGAGAAGAAGAUUGAGGAGUGGCAAGCGGACGUACUGCAGGACAGUUCGCUUCCCGCCUGGUACAAGUCUGCUCUGUUCAACGAGCUGUACUUUGUGACCGACGGUGGGACGGUGUGGACGGAACUGCCGGAGGACGCCGACGUCAGUGGCGGUGUUCGCAGCGAAGACGGCGGCCUGCCCGCUCAGCCGCCCGUCGUCAAAGAGUAUGGCCGCUUCGCCUACCUUGAAGGUCAAGAAUACCGAAUGUACAACACGUAUGAUGUGCACUUCUACGCUUCUUUUGCUCUCAUCAUGCUGUGGCCCAAACUCGCCUUGAGUGUGCAGUACGAUAUUGCCGGCAGUGUGGUGCAGCAGGAUUUAACGCAGAGGUUGCAUCUGAUGAGCGGCCGGAGCGCUGCGGUCAAGGCCAAAAACGUGGUGCCUCACGACAUUGGAGAUCCAGACGAUGAGCCGUGGCAAAGGGUCAACGCCUAUCUCAUUCACGACACAGCCCACUGGAAGGACUUGAACCUGAAGUUUGUCCUGCAGGUCUACAGGGACUAUCAUCUCACCCAGGACCAGCAGUACCUGCAGGACAUGUGGCCCAUCUGCCAGGCAGUGAUGGAGUCAGAGUUGAAGUUUGACCUGGAUGGAGACGGCCUGAUCGAGAACUCUGGCUUUGCUGAUCAGACUUAUGACGGCUGGACAGUUACUGGACCAAGCGCGUACUGCGGCGGGCUGUGGCUGGCCUCGUUGUGCGUCAUGUGCAAAAUGGCCACACUGCUCGACAACCAAGAGGCCCGGCAGCGCUACAGAGACAUCUUGGACAGAGGCAGCGUCGCUUUUGAGAAACUAUUGUGGAACGGCAAGUACUACAACUACGACAGCAGCGGGCGGGACCUUUCGAACAGCAUCAUGUCUGACCAGUGUGCCGGCCAAUGGUUCCUGCGAGCGUCCGGGCUUGGCGAAGGAGACUCCCAGGUCUUCCCCAAGGAAAACAUCCGGGCUGCGCUCCGGUCCAUUUUUGACUUGAACGUGAUGAGCUUCAGCGGCGGCCAGAUGGGCGCCGUGAACGGCAUGCGGCCCGAGGGCGUGCCCGACCGCUCCAGCGUCCAGUCGGACGAGGUUUGGAUCGGUGUGGUUUACGGACUGGCCGCCACCAUGAUCCAUGAGGGCAUGUUGGCGGAAGGUAUGCGCACGGCCGAGGGUUGCUAUCGCACGGUGUGGGAAAGGCUGGGCAUGGCCUUCCAAACGCCCGAAGCCUACUGCGAGAAGGCCAUCUACCGCUCGCUGGCCUAUAUGAGGCCUCUCAGCAUCUGGGCCAUGCAGCUGGCUCUGAACCGUUCGCGCGACGAGCGCCGGCACGCGGGGAUGGGAGAAGGUGCGAGUCAAUAAACUCCGCCGCGGCCCCUUCCCAAAUCCCAACUCGGAUCCGCUCGGUUUGUUCGCAGGCUGUGGAUGACAGCGUGACUUGAAUUCUGCUUUUCUUCUGUCUUUACAAUGUGUGUACAAGUUGUGACAACCCCUUGUCAAUUUGCACAUGUCUUCUUACAGGUGCUUUUGAAUGGUGCAUUCAAAUCACCUGUAUAGUUAUUUGAAUGCUGUCCUCAUUCAUAUCCAAUGAGAGGCAUGUUUUCUCCUUUAUAUAUUGCACACUAGACAAUAUUAAAAUUGAAAAUUUGACCGAUGACAAUCAUCCCUACUAAGUCACUAGCAAUACAGAAUACUUUUGUUUUUGUCUUCACAGGCAAUGGGGUCAGUUGAAGUUUUGUUGUUGUAAUACAAGCAGGUGGGCAGCAGAGGGCGACGAGUGAUCUGAACCUUGCGUCGUGAUUCACAGUCACCCCUCCUAAAAAUACAGGACUAAUUUCCAAGUACCAACAUUAAAAAGCAGGACCAAAUGUUUAUGAUAAAUACGGCAGUAACAAUGUAAUAUAUAUAGAAAUAAAAACACCAUUUAAAUUCAAUAUGUAUUGCCCUUACCUUCAAUAAAAUUGGUACCUAAGUUAAUAUUGGAAAAGAAACAGUUCUAAACGAUUACAACUGAACUGUAAACAAAGGUGCUGUAUUAAAGACAAUGUUUCAGCCUCUG